CGAAUUCUGGGGCCUCGUCAAUAUCGCCGUCGCUCGAUCCACGCUCUCAGCACCCUCAAUCUCAGAGUUUUAUCAAUCGUCUGCCUUGUCACAGUUGCCAAAAUGACAAACAGAGGCAAACCCCGUGGUCUCAACGCCGCGCGCAAACUCGUCGCCGCCCGCAAGGAGGGUCGCUGGGCCGACUUGCACUACAAGAAGCGUCUCCUCGGAACCGCCUACAAGUCCUCUCCCUUCGGUGGAUCCUCGCAUGCCAAAGGAAUCGUGCUGGAAAAGGUCGGAGUCGAAGCCAAGCAGCCCAACUCGGCCAUCCGGAAAUGCGUGAGAGUGCAAUUGAUCAAGAACGGCAAGAAGGUCACUGCUUUCGUGCCCAACGACGGCUGUCUCAACUUCGUGGACGAGAACGACGAGGUCCUCCUGGCCGGUUUCGGUCGCAAGGGCAAAGCCAAGGGUGAUAUCCCCGGUGUGCGGUUCAAGGUCGUCAAGGUGUCCGGCGUGGGCCUGAGCGCCUUGUGGAAGGAGAAGAAGGAGAAGCCCCGAUCAUAAAGGGCCAUAGGUCGCGGUGGCGGUCGAGAACUCGAGAGGAAGCAAGCGAGUGAGUGAGUGGGACAGAAAAGAGAAAAAAAACACACAAAUCAUGCAGUUUGAUUGGUGUGAGGACGGAAGGAAAGAAGCAUGGGGAGUCGAAAUGCUCGGCCUAAAAUGAUGACUGAAGGGAAUGCCCAUCUGAAAUACAGAAAAAGAAAACAAUUCUCCGGAUCCCCUGACCUGGGGCCACUGAGCUUGCAGAUGUCGGGUUGGGGAGUUCAAUCCAGCAAACUACAAAGAGUGCGCCGAUUCGAGGCGGUCGUUUUUGCAGCUGCUCCUCGAUGGGAUGGCGGCGUCUGGACGAUGGGACUUUUUGAGGCUACCUCAAUAGACGAUCCUAGUCAGAAUUCAAGACCGAACCGGUCGAAUACCAGACAAAAAAAGAACAGCACCGGUCAAUAACGUCUUUGAUUACCAUCCCCUAAUGCUCGUCCUUGAAUAAGAAUUAAAGACGCCAUGUGUAUUCC